CAGAUUGGGUUGAGUGAUAGAUUCGUUUUAGAUCCUUAUUGAUCACAGCAUUAGUUCUUUCUAACAUAUCGAAAUAUGUAGCUAAAUGCGUUUAGUGAUAGUUGGAUAAUUCGUUCCAAGGACUGAAGAAUGCAUAAAACUUGAUUUAAGUAGGAAAACUUGAUUGAAAAAUGAGGCAUAUAAAAUACUUUGUUUUCUUUUUAUACGUUGUAUUCUUGUCCGAAUUAAUUAAUUUUUUCGCUAUGCUUGACUCGUGAUUUUACUGUUCGCUGUAGCGUUUUUGCCUAUUGUAUCAUUCUGAUUUUAUUCGCAAGGAUAUUCGCUGAAUCGUUCGUUGUAUCAUACUCUAUCGUAUUUUGAAAUACAUAUAGUCUUUAUGAAUAUGUUAAUCGGAUGAAACAAGAUAAAAGCGGGAAAUGGGACCGCAUUCUUACCGUCCAGGCUUAUCGUUGUACUAUCUGAAAACUUUCACGACGCUACGAUGGCUUAAGUUGAUACAAUUUACCCCUGGAAAAUGGCCUACGGCGUUAUCCAUAAGAUCUGCUGGAAAUCCUCGUUGGCUCAGAUGGUUAAUGGUUUUACGUUACUCAGCUUAAAGUAGUUCAAAACUACGUAAAUACAGCAUUGACGAACAAAAAUCUUCAGUAAGAGCCUGGUUUUUGUUAGUGCAGUUACCGUAUCGACGAACGAUCAUGUUAAAAUUAGUUACUUUAGUGGCGACGGUAAUGAUGUUGCAAUAUGAAAAUGCCAAAGCGAAUUCACUUUCUUACUACGAACAAGCAUCCGACACUGAAACACGUUCAAUCACAAGGCAUUUCAGCACGAUUCGAACGAAUCGCCACGUUUCGAUUGCUCGGGUGUUACUGUUUCAAAGAAGAGAAUCGACGUACUGGAAAAAUUUCAGAACGAGUUCCUUCGAUCACCGAGCCAAUUAAUCACGAUGAACACGUCUCCAUUUUACUCGACGCAACUUCCAAACAAGGACCAAACCCAGAAGGGUCCCGAAAAUGCGGAGCAGGAAAAAGCGAAGCCGAUAGACAGCGAUAUGGUGGACGAGAAAGCAGGAGACAUUGUAGAAAAUACCAAAAAAAAAAAAGAGUAGACGGAAAGCGAGUCGACGACAAUAAAAGACGACGGUCCGAGCACGGUUACGCCCUCGACGAACAUCGAUGAAGAGGCCGUACGGUGAGACGAAGGUGAAUGAAAAAGAAAGGUUAACGUCGUCGAAAAUCGACGAUGCAGGAUAUAGCGCAUCUACGAAUGAAAAGGAGUUGCAAAAACCACGAACGAGGACAAUGAAAUCGUCGGACCGGCUGGGAAACACGAAAUACUGGAAAAUUCGAACGCAGUAGCGAACGAAUUUGGUAAACCCCAAAUCGAUGAACCGAUGGAGGAGAAUCAGAAGCUCGGGAAAUCCGAAAACGUCACCAAUGAAAACAUAGCGCGAACGAUUGAGCAAGCUAACGAGAAAAUGUGAUAUUAAGAUCCAUGAUAAUUCUGACUUAUCCGAGCGUCAUCCGUAAAUGAAACGAUGGAACAUUCCGAAUGUAAAACGACGAAGACGGUAAUUUGCAAUUAGGGUGCAGAAGAAUUUUUUACGAUUAAUUUUUACAUCAACUGUAUUCUAAACAAGUUUGAAUAAAUGCGAAAGAACGCGUUAAAAGUA